AUGACAUUAACAGCAAAAGCGAUCAAGUUGAUUGCAAAAGAAUUAGAAAAGUUGCAAUCAGAUCCACCUGAAGACAUUCAAGUGAUUGCUAAUGAGGAAAGCUUAACAGAGCUACACUGCUGGAUUCGUGGUCCAGAUAAAACGCCCUAUGAAGAUGGUUAUUUCAAGAUCAAAUUAAUAUUUGACGAAAACUUUCCUGAUUCGCCUCCCAAGGGUUAUUUUAUGACGAAGAUAUUUCAUCCCAAUGUCUCUGACAAGGGCGAAAUUUGUGUGAAUACUCUCAAGAAGGAUUGGAAGCCAGAGUUAGGCAUCCGUCAUGUGCUAUUGGCUAUCAAGUGUUUACUGAUCGUACCUAACCCAGAGUCUGCCUUGAAUGAAGAAGCAGGAAAACUAUUACUCGAGCAGUAUGAAGAUUAUGCAAAGCGAGCACGUUUAUACACAUCUAUUCAGGCCAAAUCAGGGAAAUCACAAUACUUGCUCCUUGUAGAACAAAGACAAAAGGAGAAUCAAUCAGAUGAACAGGAAGCAUCAAAGACAGUACCAGAUCAAAAGAGACCUUUAGAAGAACAAGAUAUAAAGAAGAAAACGGUUAAGAAGAGACUGUUGAGACGAUUAUAAUUUAUUUUUUAAAAGAAAAUGAACAAGUUCUUGAUUCGUUGCGCAUUUUAGAAAACCUUGCUCCAAAUGUACAUUGAGUUCCUACAACACACGUUAAUAUCGUU